AUAUAAAUUUUCAUUCUUCAUCUCUUUAUCUUAAUUAACAGGAUUGAAAUUUAGGUGAAACUUAUCACAACACAGAGCUGUCAAUUUAGAGGAACAGAAGAUAUUCAUGACAAAACAACAGAAAUAUGAACAUGAAAAAAUAAAUAGUGAUUUGACUACUGAUGACAUUAUAGACAAUUAAGCUUCUGUUUCAUAUCAGUCUCAAGAGGAUCUUGUCUCUGAUGUUAUAAGAAGAAGUGUGUUAAAAAGUUAAAAAAUGAUGAGUCAGCAACCCUAAGCUUUCAAACCACCAACUCUAUUACUUGACAUAAGCAUUGUGGGAUCACUCUCACAGAUAAAAAUUUUAAUAUUAUCUUCUCGCUGUUCCUCUUCUUUAUAAAUACUCUUUUCUCUUCUGUAUUAAAUUCCUCCUUGAUCAAUCUCCCACAAAAACUUCCCAUAAAUAUAUCUUUCUGCUGCCAUGAUUUUCCAGAGGGAAGAAGAAGAAGAAGCAACAUACAAGUCUUCUGUUAAUAGCCAAGAUGCUGAAUCAAAAGUCACCAUUACUGAUCAAACAGGAGCUGAAGAUGAUAAUAUGAAGCAAUGGCUGAGUCUAGGCGUCAACAGACAUCAACAGCCUGCUGCACCUGGAGACAAUGAUGCUGCAUCAUCUUCAAAACCUGCCAAUAACAAAGUGUUCUCAUGCAACUUUUGCAUGAGAAAAUUUUAUAGCUCACAAGCGUUGGGGGGUCACCAGAAUGCUCACAAAAGAGAACGAGGAGCUGCUAAGAGAUUCCAGACUCAUAGAAUGAUGAUGGCGAGUACAACAGCAGUAGGGUUUCCAUUCAAUCCUGUCACCGUUAGAUCACUUGGUGUUCAAGCUCAUUCACUUGUGCACAAGCCUAGCAGAGAAGGGACGAGUUUGGUGGCUCGAUUUGGGGAUGCAAAUGCAGGUUUUGGCUUGGGUUGGACACCAUUUAUGAUUGAAGAAGCAACGGAUUUGGUCUGGCCAGGAAGCUUCCGUGUAGACAAAGAACAGCCUUCAGAUUUGCAUAAGAUAGACUUAAAUCUUAGGUUGUGAUCAUGCCAUUUUUAGCCUUUUUUUUUUUGAAAUUUUUUUUUUUGCUUUUCUUUUUUAACUUUUAUUUUCCUGAUUAAUCUUGUCUAUGUAAUCUGAUAAAUUAAUAUGCACAUUCUUGAAAUAAAGAUAGAUGUGUACGCCUAUGCAAAUAAAGAUAAAGGUAUAUGAAGAAAUCCAGUACUGGGUUUGGUUG